AUGGACGAUGAACAGCCAGCCUCGGAGGCAACCCCGACUGUAUAUGCCACGUUUCGAGACCAAAUGUCUGACGAACAUCAAAUCGAAUCCGACCUAGCCACGCCGCUGAGUUCCUCGCCGCCAGACCCCACGAUCCUCGACACACCUAGCUUCAGCGCAACAACCCCUAAAAGCCCCAAGCUCUCACGGCAUCCGUCUUUCUCUGGCAGCAGCUCCUAUCACGAUGACUGGGACUCGCUCCCACCCCUAGAUCGCCUGACGGUCCUAGACCUUCUAGAUAAUUUUGCGUUGCCACAGCAGCUAGAAAAGCUCCAGAAGGGUAUUUCAGCUCAGACUGAUAAAGUACGCCGCUCCAGAGAUGUACUAAAGUCGAAAACUUACAAUGCACGAAAUCGAAUGGUUGAAGAAUGGAGGCGCCGAGUGCCUUCAGCCGACGAACAAUUCGACCGCUACCGAAAGCGAAUGAGGCAGCGCGUGGACAAGCUAGGCAGGCAAUGGAACGACACAAAGGCCAUCAGCUUGCGCGAGAAGAUAUCCUUCAUUUGUGGCGUUAUGAACAUAUUCAUCAGUGGUUAUCUCAUCGGCGGCUUUCCAGAGUAUUUCCACAUCUGGUACACUGCUCAACUUGUGUAUUUCAUGCCCAUUCGCAUGUUUACAUACCACCGUCGUGGCUACCAUUACUUCCUUGCCGAUCUUUGCUACUUCGUCAACGUACUUCUUAUGCUCAGCUUAUGGGUCUUUCCCAGCUCCAAGAGACUCUUUACAGCCGCUUUUUGUCUGGCCUUUGGCAACAACGCAGUUGCGAUUAUCAUGUGGCGAAACUCUCUGGUGUUCCACAGCUUUGACAAAGUCACGUCGCUAUUCAUCCACAUUAUGCCGUGCGCUACUUUGCACUGUCUCGUCCAUCUCUAUCCACAAGAAAGGCUGAGAGACCGCUUUCCAGCCAUCUGGGCCAUCAAAACAGCCGAGCCCGGCUCAGCUACUGCAUACGCUAAUAUCGUAUCCAUGCUGGCGUGGAGCACCAUCCCAUACACUCUUUGGCAGCUCAGCUAUUACUUCUUCAUCACCGUUCGUCGCAGGGAGAAAAUUGCCGCUGGUCGGCCAACCUCGUUUACCUGGCUUCGCCGUUCAUAUGCCAGGACUUGGAUCGGCAAACUCGUUCUAUCGAUGCCCAGCGCGCUACAAGAACCCACGUUUAUGAUGAUUCAGUACGUUUAUGCUGUUCUCACUAUGCUACCAUGUCCGCUUUGGUUUAUUAGCCGCUAUGCGUCGACUUUUUUCCUCUUGGUUGUAUUUUCGUGGAGCAUAUACAACGGCUCUACCUACUACAUUGAUGUCUUCGGCAAACGGUUCCAAAAAGAACUCGAGGCUAUGAAGGCUGAAGUAGUCAAAUGGCAGACUUCGCCGGAACUCAUGCUCACAUCCCCCUUGAUGCAACCCCAGACGGAAAGCGCAAUCGCCGAUUUCCAGUCCAAGAAGGCUUCUGGCAUAUCUAGUCCUAGGCCCAGUGCCGUUACUGCAAGGGAUGCGAUGGCAAGAACAGCAAGCCUUGACCGUAUCCCGCUUCUGGAUGAAUCCAAUGCGGCUAAUUCAACCAGCGUUGAUGGCGGAGCGCGAGAUGUAGCUCGUGAGAGAAAGGCUAUCGACUAA